GGCUAUUUAACUUUUCUGCGCUGCUCUUCUAUAGUUUGUGGCAGCAAGGGUUUUUUUUUCUAAUUGCUAGGAGAAGCAAGUCUCACCAUCGUCCUUCGUUUUGAAAUAUCCAACAUGUACGCCAUUCAGGCUACCAAUGCGGAGCAUGUCAUGUCCAUAGAAGACCUGGACGUGGAAGCUCAGUCAAUAGAGCUCCCCCCUAAGGCCUUGCUCCGUGCCCAUGACACUCCUCAAGAUCGCCUUCCCGACGCCUCUAUUUUGUCAAACACCAUCCACAAGAUUAGUGCUGUCCCUGGCCCUGAGUCGUCUGCUGGAUCCGAACUUCACACUCGUUCCUCCUCUCCUAGCGAUGGAUCUCAGAGCGGUGCAUCGUACAGUGUCCCAUGUACGACAGAUAGCAAUGCAGCCUCGCGUCCAGAGUCUUUGAGCUCCCAAGAUGCUGCUGUGUUGCAAUACGCCAGUGGCGACGACUCUGACUACUUUACACGUACCGACGCUGGUGCGGUCUUUGCUCCCAAGUCGAAAAAGGGUCGUGAGUUGAUUGCGCCGAAGCCUUGGCUCCAUAAUUCUCCCCCAAAGGCCUCAGGGCGGGAUGAGCUGUCGGACGAUGAGAUUGAUCAAACCUCGGCAACUCAUGUGGACCAAACGCAUGUUGCGGAGCACAGCGCAUCUCGGACCCUUCCUUCUGAGCGGGCUCACUCUGGCCCAGCAAUUGAGGAGUGGAUGGACAGUAUCACCACAGCCACGCCAAAGGCAAGACCCGAGGACUCACCCAAGAAUCGGAGAAGAGGGAGACGCACUAUUGUGGUACAAAAGUAUCUGAUGCAAGCUGCCAUCAUUGGCUUAAACGGUCUCUGCAUCUUCAGUACAUGGUGGUGGUCUAGAUAUUACUAUAUCCUGCUGCCAUUCAUUACCGCUACAGUUGCCCUGAACAUCUUCAUGAUUGUUUCCAUCGUCUUCAACGUUGUCAGGCGCCGCAUAUCCCCAGAGAAGCAAACAAUUCCAGAGAAACCAGAGUCUCUCGUUCUCGUCAUUCCAUGCUACAACGAAACCAAAGAGGAGUUGCUCAAGUCCUUGAAUUCGCUCGUUUCCCAAAAGAAUAUCGAUCAACACCCGCGCGCGGUCAUGAUCAUCUGCGACGGCAAAGUCCGCGGCCCAGGCAUGGACAAAACCACCGCUGACUAUCUAUUCGAGGAUAUUCUGGUCCAGAAAGAUUAUCGCAUCCGCAUUCCUGCAGCCUACCUCGCCUGGGACCAGCAGUUCAUGGACAUCGAGGUACAGAAAGGGACGUACAACGGAAUUCCCUACUUUUGCAUCGUCAAGCAACAAAACCAGGGAAAGCGUGACAGUCUCAUUGUGAUCCGUUCAUUCUUGUAUAACUUCAAUGUCCGUGCCGAGCGACCAGAAACCAUCUUCACCUCGACCUUCUUUGCUCACAUGGCUUCUUUCAUCAACGACUCAGGCAUCGACCGUGUUGACCACCUCAUUGGAAUGGAUGCCGACACUGUUUUUGAUGACGACUGUAUCAACGAGCUUCUGUUGCAAUCUCGCUUUGACCACGUCGUCGGUGUUUGUGGCUAUGUGGCUGUGGACUGGAAAGAUGGCAACUUCAACCCAUGGCGCCUGUACCAGUCUGCCGAAUACACGAUUGCACAGGGUCUGCGCCGUCUCCAUCAGUCCGUGGCAACGCAUAAGGUAUCCUGUCUCCCAGGCUGCUGUCAACUACUCAAAAUCUGUGAAGAGACUUGUGGCCCGGAGGUCCUCAUCGAGAAAUUCGGUUACUGCCCAACUCUCACCGACGGCAUGCUCACUCAAAUUCGCGCCACCGCCAGUGAAGAUCGCAAUCAUGUUUGCCACAUGCUCUCCGCUAGACCCAAGGUCCAGACUCGCCAGGCACUGAAAGCAAAGGCAUAUACUGAUGUUCCUGGGUCAUGGUCGGUAUUCCUGUCUCAACGCCGGCGGUGGACUCUUGGUGCCACGUCCAAUGAUCUGCUUCUUGUAACUGCACCUGGUGUACAAUGGUUCGAACGCAUUCUCGCAGCGGUGAACGUCAUCACUUGGUUCUUGAACUUGUUUAUUUUUGCCAGUGUGGCAAGUUUCAUUGUGGCGGCUAUGACUGUCCCUGUUGGCGUCCUUAUGGCCUUCGUAUCUGUUAUGCUUGUUCCUGUCGUCUACUAUCUGUGCAUCCCCUUGUGGCUGUGCAAAAGAUGGCUAGACCGGGUUCAGUUCUGGCUCGGAUGUUUGAUGUACAUGUUCUGUGGUCCAUUCCUCAACAUCUCUGUCCUACUGUAUGCCUGUUGGUAUAUGGACUCCUUCGGUUGGGGAAAGACCCGAAAGGUCAUCGCGGAAGGUGAAGAGGAAGCCCAGAACCCAAACCAGAACCCAAACCAGGUACCUGCUUUGGAGCAAGCACAGUCGACGCCUAAGUCGACGCCUAUCCAGAUCCCUCAGCCUGUUGCCGUUCAGCCGGUUGCCGUUGCCACUCCUAGAGCCUGAAUAUUUUCUUGAUAUCAGAAGCAAUAUCGGACCCCCUUUGAUUGCUCUUUAAUAAUUAUUUUUUCUGCACCCGG